CCAACUCCCUCGCUGGCGGCCGAACGGCCAUGUUUAGGGUGCUACUGCGAGCUAUGGUACAUUGUUGUUCCAUCAGAAGCGUCCUCAGUCGGUCGAGGUGGAGCUUUCCAGGGGGUCUCCUCGAUAACGUUAGUCGGAACCAUUUGAGAGGGUGGACGCGCUUCGGGAAGCUGUCAGCUGUGAAAACCGCAUCAAGUGCGAUGACUUUUGAGUGGCCCUGGCAGUACAAUUUCCCACCGUUUUUUACGCUACAGCCCAAUGUUGACACGAGACAGAAGCAGCUGGCAGCAUGGUGUUCCCUGGCUCUGACGUACUGCCGGCAUCACAAGCUCUACACCCUGGACGUCAUGGAGGCUCAGGAAAGCCCCAUGUUCAACAACAAAAAGAUAGAACGAAAACUGUCAAUGGAAGCAAUUCAAGUUGUGUUUGAGGAACUGAGGAAAAAAGGCAACCUUGAAUGGUUGGACAAAAACAAGUCCCGGUGUUUAGUCAUGUGGAGACGACCGGAGGAGUGGGGCAAAUUAAUAUACCAGUGGGUUUCCAAAAACGGGAUGGUCAACUCUGUGUUUACACUUUAUGAGUUGUCCAAUGGUGAUGACACAGAAGGUGAAGAGUUCCACGGUCUAGAAGACUGGAUGCUGCUUCGCUCGUUGCAGGCUUUACAAACAGAAGGCAAAGCGGAGAUCAUCACCAUGGAUGAUGGAAAGGGCGUGAAAUUCUUCUGAAACGGUGCUGGAAUCACACACACGCUCUGCCUGGGAGCCCUCGUACUGAUACUGUAACUUACAGGCGAAUUUUUAAGAUUUAGCCAUUUAAGGCUACACCAGGUGCACCUCAGCGCCCAGCCCAGAGAAUGCUGGUCCAGUAAAUGUUUUUUGCCUUUUGGUUCGCCCAAUUUCAAAGCCUUUUCUUAUUGGAAGAGAACCAGUGUCGUCUGCAAGUGUUUGGGGAAAAGAGCAUUUGAGGUGACACUGUGUUUAAAGUUGUCACAGGUAACAUUUGUUGCCAUUUAAGCAUGCAAUGAGUCUAUCGGGACUAAAUAUUAUCAUGUCUGAAUACUUUAGGGGAAAACCUUUCCCCGCCAGCUGUAACUUUACUCUUUCUGUAUUGUAAAUAAAACUAGUUUUAUGCCGA